AUUUGAUGUUGCCUCCAUUUUACUCUCGUGUGUGUGUGUGCGUGCGCAGUGUCGGUGUAAACUGGAAAGAAAACAGGACCCGAAAGCGGACGCGCUGAGAAAUUUCCACAGAAAUGGACGGCAUCAGUGAUGUUGCAGUUGGAGUGAAGAGAGGAUCAGACGAGCUGAGUAUGUACAACAGUCCCAACUCUGGCAUGAGCAGUAUCAGUGAUGGGGCGUCCAACGGCAGUGACAGUAAAAAACUGAGGGUGGAGGAGGCCCCACCGUCUCGUGUGCUCCACAUCAGGAAACUGCCCAAUGAGGCCUCAGAGACAGAAGUCAUCGCCCUCGGCUUGCCUUUUGGCAAAGUCACCAAUAUCCUCACACUUAAGGGAAAAAACCAGGCGUUUUUGGAGAUGGGGACGGAGGAGGCAGCCAUCACUAUGGUGAACUACUACACCACUGUGACUCCUCAUAUCCGCAAUGUCCCUGUCUUUAUUCAGUACUCCAAUCACAAAGAACUCAAAACUGAUGCUGGCAACCAGCGGACCCAGGCGGUGCUUCAGGCAGUGUCGGCAGUCCAGUCUGGCGGGUCACCAAGCUCAGAUGUACAGGAGGCUCUGGCCGCGGCCUCCAGUCCUGUGCUGCGGAUCAUCAUCGACAACAUGUUCUACCCUGUAACGCUGGAUGUACUGCAACAGAUUUUCUCCAAGUUUGGUACAGUCAUGAAGAUAAUCACAUUCACCAAGAACAAUCAGUUCCAGGCUCUUCUGCAGUUCAGCGAUCCUGUCAAUGCACAGCAAGCCAAACUGGCACUCGAUGGUCAGAACAUCUACAAUUCAUGUUGCACGCUGCGAAUCGACUUCUCCAAGCUGGUCAACCUAAAUGUCAAGUACAACAAUGAUAAGAGCCGCGACUACACACGACCUGAGCUGCCUGCUGGUGACGGCCAGCCCAGCCUCGACCCCUCGGUGGCCGCUGCAUUCACCAAAGAUUCCAACUCCCUCCUCGGUAAGAUCCCAGGAGCCCUGAACCCUCUGAGCGCGGCAGCGGCGGCUGCUGCUGCUGCAGGGAGGGUGGCCCUAGCUGGGCAGGCGGGGUCCAGUGGGGUCCUGCUGGUCAGCAACCUUAAUGAGGAGAUGGUUACGCCCCAAAGUCUGUUUACCCUCUUCGGAGUGUACGGCGAUGUCCAGAGGGUGAAAAUCCUUUACAAUAAGAAGGACAGCGCUCUCAUUCAGAUGUCAGAUGCCAAUCAGGCCCAGCUGGCAAUGAGCCACUUGAAUGGCCAGAAGAUGUACGGGAAGAUCAUCCGGGUGACGCUGUCCAAACACCAGACUGUGGCGCUGCCUCGCGACGGCCUGGACGACCAGGGCCUGACCAAAGACUAUGCCAACUCCCCACUUCAUCGCUUCAAGAAACCCGGCUCCAAGAAUUUCCAGAACAUCUUCCCGCCGUCGGCCACCCUCCACCUCUCCAACAUCCCACAAGAUGUGACGGAGGAUGACCUGCGGCUGCUCUUCUCCAACGCUGGAGGCACUGUGAAAGCAUUCAAGUUUUUCCAGGAUCGCAAAAUGGCUCUGAUCCAGAUGUCAACAGUGGAAGAGGCCAUCCAGGCCUUGAUUGACCUUCACAACUACAACAUGGGAGGCAACCAGCACCUGAGAGUCUCCUUCUCCAAGUCCACCAUUUAAACAAUCUGAGCCACAGUACCAGGGUUCAGUGUCUCGGAGCUGGUGGUCAGAAACCUUUCAGACUGUGUCUGGACACUGGGGGGGGGGGACCACAUUGAGUAAAUCAGUUUUGUUGUUGGGGUUUUGUUGAUCCUGUCAUUCCUUGAGAGAGACUGAAAUUUUUGACUUGCAUCCUUUUUUUAAAAAGAGAUACUGGAUCCUCCCAGCAAUUCUUAUUGGUACCUCUGUAUUUUUAUGUCAAGCAAAACAAUGACAUGAUUGAUUGUCCCCCUGUAAGAUAGUUAGGUGUAGAUCAGUGUUGAAUUCUUUAUUUAGUUGAAAAGAUACAGUACUUAUGUGCCUUACUUGACAAUAUGAACUGUUUCUACAGCUGGACACAUUCAUGAAUUGCUCCUUUGCUUUUGAGGCACAUUGGUAUUGGAUAUUUUGGGGGGUUAGUGAGAAUGUUUUGUCGUCCUCUAGACAUUUUCGAAGCUGUGCCACCAACCAGGCCAAGCUUGUUUUGUUUUAGAUUCAUAACAUUUUCCCUUUUAGUUUAGCAGCAGGAGACAAUUUUCCCGAGGCAACACGUAUGAGUUGUGACAGGGAGCUUAACUUGAAUUCCAUUAUUCCACAAGUAUGUCGAGUGUAAGAUCGUUCUCCCCCAGUUUUGAAUUCACCCGUCACAUAUCAUGAUGUGGCUCGUGGCUAAGUAUUUCUUUAUUUGUGUUUUUGAAGCCUUCCAUGCUUUUUUUUCCAUAGCAGUGAGAUGUAAUUGUCAGUGACAAUGGUUUUCUAAGCAUGUCUAGUUAUGGUAGGGUCUCACAUCAGAAAGUGUUGCAUGCUGUACGAGCAGUUAGAAGAUGAGUCCACUGUGAUUUCAUUGUCAUGUGACAGUUUACUCGAGAGGGCUACUCAGUUGGACCAAAGUUUCUGUGCCUUUAGUGUUCCUUUGAAUUCAUUUUAACAAAAAGCAUUUGAACACACUGAUACCCAGACUUUUAAGUGGAGAGUUAAUCCCGUUUUUUUUUAAUCGGCCCAACAGGACCUUAUGACUCAAGGUUAUUCUUCAGAAAUAAUAGCUAUGUGUAUUUUUUUUUUCUCAGAUUUUCUACAGAUUAAAAUGUAAGGACUUGGUUUAGAUCUGAAGAGGCACAAUUAAAGGAUGAAUUAUUUUCUAACAAGGUGAGGUGCGCCUUGGUUUCCUGCUUUUUGAGUUUUCCCUCUCAUGGUCUCUCGUGUAUUCUGCAUUACGUCUGUAGCAUGCUAAAUAAAACGAUUCUGUAGCUCUGCAUUCACCUCCUCUGUCUCUCUCCUCUGUUCUGUCUGCUCUGCUCACUUCUGAAACCAUCUUCAGUCCCAGGGUGGGAAAGAAGCCAAAAUUCAUUUUGGAGCCACUUGAAAACAAGCUCUAAUAAGCCAGAUUGAGCCCUCUGAUGGUACUAAUUCACAGGACAAGAAGUACAUUUUGUUGAUGCGUUUCCCACCCUGCCAACUGACACAAUCUAUUCCUUUGAUGUCUUGCUCUUCUCUCUUCUGGUAGUUGCCUAUUUUCUAAUCAGUCUCUAAGGGCCUCCGCUCUCCUGACAAUCUGUCUGAUCUAUCUACUUGCUCUCACACCUUUUAUCAAUUACAUAAAUGGCCUCAUUUGUUA